AUGGACAUUGAUGCCGCUGGAAUUCAUAGGAAGCUUCAAUUGAAUGAGCUUGAAGAGAUUCGGAAUGAGGCUUAUGAAAACACUCACAUUUACAAGGAGAAAACAAAGGCGGCCCAUGACAAGAUUCGUGGCAAAACAUUCUCUAUAUGGCAAAAAGUGUUACUUUUCAAUUCUAACCUUCGUUUGUUUCUGGUCCAAAUUCAAAGUUUGAAGAAGGGACAUGAAUUCAAAGUUAAUGGACACCGUUUAAAGCCCUACUACGAGACUUUUGAGGAGCAUGCCGUGAAGGACAUACCCCUCCAUGUCGUUGGCCCUAUUGAAGCUUAA